CACGCGCGCGGAGCGGUCGUCUCGCUAUCUAAACUUGUUUGUUGUUCACGCGGACAAGUGGGUCACGAGUGUAUUAACUGUGACGCGAAAAACUUCGCUUGUGUUCAGCGUGUGGAUCAAUUCAGUGACAGUGGAUACCGAUUUUGUAGUGGCAAACAGCGGUCCUUUUGAAGUGUGCGGGAUGCGUGCGUGAGCGCAGCGCAUGACGUGCUACGAAACGUUGAGAGCUCCGGCACCCGCGGACGCCCCCAUGGCGCACCACUUUGUCAAGUGGUGGCGCAACAAGUUUAGAAAUGGAUACAAGAAAUUUAGCAUUGGCACGGAGAGCGAACGGACUGAUACGGAGGAGCUGGUUGGUCGGGCUGCGUCCCAGUGCUCGGCGCCUCCAGACCUGCUGCCGAGCGAGGCCCGGGCGCUGCUGGCGCCUUCCACGCCGCCCCCGCGCCCCGUCAGGACUCACGAGCCCCCCUACAAGCCCCCUUCGCCGCCAACCCCGGACCACAAUGACGACAAGCCUAGACUACGGUUUGAGGAGCUGACAUGUGAUGUAGAGCUGCAGCACCCUGAACCUUCAAAACAACAGCCUCUUCAAUUCUCAUUUACGCUUUACGACCUCGACGGGCACGGUCGAAUGACAAAAGAUGACAUUGCGGGUAUCGUUUCAACGAUAUACGAGUCGAUAGGGAAGUCGGUCACGGUCCCACAUUAUGGUUCGAAAACCAUACAAGUGCGACUAACGGUCGUACCGGAAGACGGGAACUCACGGAGCCAUCGUGAAAGGCGAGAGGGCCGGCGCCGGCGGCGGCGAGAGCCCGCCGGCACGCCCGCGGCGCCGCCGGAAUGCGCGGACCACAGCGACGAGGAACAACGAGAAAGACUAUCGCAAGAUGAUGACGCAUCGUCCAAAUCGUCGUGCUCGGGUGACAGAAGACCGCAGCGACCUCCCCCCCAGAACUCACGGCCCCAUCGCCAUCAUCGAAGAGAUCACAGGGACCGAAAACAUACAAAAAAACGAUCAGGCAGCUUACAAAGACGGGAGCUACUGGAGAUUAUUCAGGCAAACAUGGAAAAAAAUCACCUGAGCUUUCAAGCUUCAAGAAAGCCCAGUGAUCCUGUAGCCAACGAAGAAGACAUCACCAAUAAAUACCAGAAGCUCCGAAAUAGAUCAUUUACUGUGAGUGAAAAGCCGACGAAUGCAUUUCAAAAAACCAAGGCUGACAAUCCUGGACACGGGUAUCUGGAUUUGGCGAGUGGUGGUGAUUCUAACUUGUGCCGGUACGAUCGGUAUUUACAUGCGGUGAUAUGCUCUUCGGCGCGUCACGCUCAUACCGGCUACCAUCAAAAACAUGCGCCGGCGCCGCGCACGCCUCGCGCUGCCCACCACCACUCCCGGUCACGAUCCCACGACCUGCCUGCCCAAGCCACAACCCAGCAACCCAGAGUGCUACAAAUAAUAUUCUUAUAGAACUUAGGUAUGGGCAUUGUCGGCGACGACUUUGUCCAUCUACAUUUUAAUCGCGCGGUACACUAUCGUAUUUAAAUUAUUGAGUUACCAAAAGCUGUACUGAAUGAAAUUAAAUUAUUACUGUGGUCAAAGUGUGACCAUAUUCUCGUUAAUAUUAAGUAAUUAUAAGACGUCGUUAAAGUCAUUACAUUAAUCAGUAUUUAAAGAAGACAAGUGUAGUGUUUUAUUAGGUUAGAAUCAAUUCAUAAUAAUGAUAUGUAUUACUUAACAAGAUUUAGUGAUACGGUACUGAAUAAUAAUGUAUAAGGAUUCAAGUUACUUUUUUAUUCUUGGGCCUAUGGAUAUUAUGUAUUGGCAUUAUGCAUUAAUUGACACACAAUACCGCGAGGCGUGACAAAAUCAAGGGUAAUGUUAUGGUGUUAAAUAAAAUAAUUAAUUUAUAUUGGCAUGACCUCAUGAGAAAAUAAUAAAUCUCAUGGUAUGGUAGAUCUUAUACUCGUAAAAAUUCAGUGCCUUAAUUUAAAAUGGAAAACCGAUCAAACGCGCGUUUUUUGUGUAAAGAGGGUUCCGUACGUUUUAAUCAAAACUAUUUUUUUUCAAAUGUUAAGUUGAAUGAAAAUCAAGUUGAUAGUACAUAAUAAAAUUAUAAUUUAUUAAUAACCCUUAAUAUGUCAGAGGGAAGGAUCGAAAUUUCAUUUCUGAGCAUUGUUAAUUUUGUAAAACAUAGAGAUUAGGGUUUUAUUAUUCCAAAAUUUGUACGAAUGCCUCAAAAGCACGAUUACAUUUCGAGCGUCACUCAAAUGUAUGACUCCUAUACGACUUAUAUCUCAUUAUGGUCAAUUUGACAAUAAAUAUAGGAUGUUAUUGAUUUAAAACAUGCUACGACACAAAAAUAACUUUGAGUGGCGUGUCACCGUUCGGUGUGAAAAUUUAAUUUAAAGUAAAUGGGCCUAUAUUAAUUGUGACAUCGGCAUAUUUACCGCCCAUGCAAAGAAAAUGAAAGCGUUGGCUGUAGUUGUAGUUACUUCUUUGUAACGUAUUGAAGUUAAUUAGCCAACAUCAUUAUCCUUGUAUUAGGUACACUUCAUAGUUCAUUACAUUGGUUUUUAUUUGGAAUAGACUUGAUAUUAAAAACAUAAGUAUUAAACAAAAGAAUGUUGGUCAAUUUUUGUCAUUGAAAGAAUAUUAAAAAGAUUAAAUAAUGUAUGUAAGUACCACAAAUAUGUCAAUGUAAUAUUAACAUGGAUGGAUAUGUAUUAAUAAUACAGGCUUAUUUAGUUGGAUAUUAUG